UAUAAAGAUAGACACGUAUAAGGAUCGUUAAGCCUACAUUUUCUAAUUACCAAUGUUACGAUUUAUAUAUUACUAAAAACUGACUGUUAUAAAGUUACCGUAACUAAUAUUACUAUUAGUGCCUUAAGUAUGAAAUGAGACCGGUAUAUAAGUUAGAAAACUAACUUAAAAAUGUUUUGGAUGUUUGAAAAUACCAUAUCACAUGAACACUACACAAGAAACUAACGUUAGUCAGGAAAACAGAAAAUUUCUGCUGCCAUCAUAUUCACAGUCAACUUUACUUUUGUUUUUUGUUAAGUUACCAAACACAAGAUGGAGCAGAAAACAGGAUUACGAGGAUUGCAAGCCUGGUGCCGAAUGUUAACCCAGGGUUAUAGAGAUGUUGAUAUCAAAGACUUGAGUUCAUCUUUCAGAGAUGGGCUUGCGUUUUGUGCUCUCAUUCACAGAUUUCGACCAGAUCUCAUAGACUAUGAGUCCUUGUCAAAAGAAAACAUUCUUCACAACAAUACUUUGGCUUUUGGAGUUGCAGAAAAGCAACUUGGUAUUCCAGCCUUGCUUGAUGCUGAAGAUAUGGUCAUGUACAAACAACCAGACAAGCUCAGCAUUGCCACCUAUCUUUCUCAGUUUUAUCAGUACUUUGAAAGGGGCCAGCAUGGUGUAAAAAGUGAAAAACCAGUAGUAAAACGACCACUUAGUGAAAGGAACACUGAGAUUUCACCAUUUGGCCCUCCAGCUAAGUUAGCAGCAGGAGUCAUUACAAGAAAGUCUGAAGUUUGCCAAGUGUGUCAGCAGAAAGUAUUUAUUCUAGAGAGACUGUUAGUGGAUGGCAAGGUAUAUCACAGGACAUGUUUCAAAUGUGCCAAAUGCGGAGUUCUGUUGAAGCCUGGAGCAUAUGUAGAGGGAGACAGUGUAGGGACAUAUGAAUGUGUUGUGUGUCCAAAAGAGGAGAUUUCCAGACAAACUUAUUCUGAAAGCAAGGCAUACAGAAAACAGGUCUCAUUGUCACCAGCUGAGAAACUAAUUCCAAUGAAAUCAGAACCAGAAAAACUCAAAAUAUCAACCACUUCAGCCACAGCCCGCAGACAGUUUUUCACGAGUAGUCUUAAAGAUGUGGAAGAGAAAGACAAUCAAGAAUCCUCCACAGGCACAAGGGGCAUAGCAAAAGAUUCAUAUAUGUCAAAGUUCCUGUUUGGAGAAGGCAAUGAAUUAUCUCCCUACCAUAAAGAAAAUACUGUUCAUUCCAUUCUAUCCACAACAGUAAACAACUGUGUUACCAUGAAAACUCCAAAAGAUAAUGAGCCAAAACUAUCACCAGCAGCUUGCAGGAUAUCUACUAGUGCUGUUGCACCAGACAGGACUACUGGUGGAGAUGUUAAAAUCCAAAAAAAGGAUGUUUCAUUUGUUUGCAGGGAAAAUCAAGCUGGAAAUGUAGAAACAUUUAAUGCAGCCACUUCUCUCAAUGAAAGUUCUUCAAAGCAAAUGAAAAUAUAUAACAUAGAUCCAAUAAAACCACCCAGUGCUUCAAAAUUAGCAGAAUUUAAAAAUGGUAAGGGUUUAAGAAGCCAAGAAACAAAUAAUGUAACAUCAGCAGGAACUAAUGGAAAUGAAGCAACCUCAAAGACAAAAAGUCUUCAGAAUGAAAAUUAUGUUAAAAAGAUAAAAAAAUAUACAUGCAAGAAAGGUGUAGGAGGUGAAUGCUUACAAGAAUCAUUAGAAAUAGCUUCUAUACCUGAAGUACAGACAAAAAGAAACAAAGAUAUUUCAGGAGCUGCAAGUUAUGAGACUCCCAUUCCAAAAAAGUGGUCUCCUUCAUCACGUAAGACUGAGUUGCCAGACAUUAGCACUCCAACUUAUGAGUUAUCUAAGAAAAGUAGCUCUUCAUCCACAUGUUCUUCGAGUCCUUCAACAUUUGCUUCCCAACUGAGACUUAAGCUAAAACCUGUUCAGAAAAAUGAAAGUUAUUGUAUUAACAGAAGUGAAAUUGUUGGAACAUUAGAUGUGAAAGAUUCUGACAAAUUCAAUGUAGUUAAAAGGCCUGUUUCUUCUCAGUUUGACAGUCAUGGUCUGUAUGUAUCUGUUACAAGUAAUAUUGAUAGUCAGAAUACUACUUGGAAACAAUAUCCUAAAGAGUUAACAGUAUCAGAGUUACAUGUACCUUUUACUGAGUUAAGAAAAUCAGAGGAAAAAACCACAAGUAGGGUAGCAGAAGCAAUAAAGCAGAUUUCCAGCAGAGGAGGUACAGACACAUCUUAUAACAUAGGUGCAGAAAAACACAAAACCUUUAAGAAGACGGAUACAGCAACAUCACCUUCUAGUAAAGAAGAUAUAGCAAAAACACAGACUUCAAGUCAAGAGCAUAUAGGCACGUCACCUCUUAGUAAAGUAGGUACAAGAAAAACACAAACUUCAAGUAGCGAGUAUAUAGGAAAAAUACCUCUUAGUAAAGUAGAUACAGGAAAAACACAGACUUCUGGUAAUGAGUACAUAGGAACAUCACCUCUUAGCAAAGUAGGUACAGGAAAAAUACAAACUUCAAAUAGUGGGUAUAUAGGAACAUCAACUCUUAGUAAAGUAGGUACAGGAACAUCACAUCUUAGUAAAGUAAGUACAGGAAAAACACAAACUUCUAGUAGAGAGUAUACAGGAGCAUCACCUCUUAGUAAAGUGGAUACAGGAAAAGCACAAACUUCUAGUAGAGAGUAUACAGGAACAUCACCUCUUAGUAAAGUGGAUACAGGAAAAGCACAAACUUCUAGUAGAGAGUAUACGGGAACAUCACCUCUUAGUAAAGUGGAUACAGGAAAAGCACAAACUUCUAGUAGAGAGUAUACAGGAACAUCACCUCUUAGUAAAGUAGGUACAGGAAAAACACAAACUUCUAGUAGAGAGUAUAUAGGAAAAAUGCCUCUUAGUAAAGUAGAUACAGCAAGGAAACAAAUAUCCAAUGGGAUUGUUACACAAAUAGCACCUUCUAAUAAGCACUGGAUGGCAGAAAAGCAAUCUUUGAGAGGUUUGGAUGAAACAAAACAGCUAAUUUCUUGUAAAUUAAAAACUACAAAAGGGAAAAAUUCGGAUGGUUUCUUGGAAGAUGUAGUAAAGGAAAACAUAGCUAAUGUGUCUGAAUGUUAUAGUAAAGUACAGUGGUGCAGUAGAUCUAUUGACAAUGUUACUGAAGACUCAUCAACAGAGUUUGAGGUAUGUCCUAAUAUUUCUGGAAUUAGUAGUUCUCAUUUGAAAUCUUCAGAAAGAAGGAUGAAAAAACCAUCAAAGCUUUUAUCUGUCUUUACAAAUCCAGAAAACUAUCAUCAACAUUUGAAUCAAUUUGGAGAUGAUAAUGAUGGAACCUGUAAUGUUGAAAGCCCUGAUUGUGAAGAUUAUCCAGGAUAUUUGAAUACAUUUGAAUAUUUUAAAGAAAAAAAUAGUAAUUCUUUAAAGAAUAUUCCAGCUACAAAAAAGAAGGUUUAUCCCACUGACUAUGACCCUAGCUUCAUUCCUUUCAAAAAUGAAAGAGAAGAAGUUGAAGGCUCUGUAGUUAUCUGGAAAGAUGAAAAAAACCAGCACAGUUCAACAGAAAGAGAGAAAAAACUCUCUGGUACUGGCUCACCAAAGGUCAUAACAGUUGUUCAAAGGAAAGAGAAUCCAUCAAACCCAUUAACAUUGACAACAUCUGUAGAAACCAAAGGAUAUGAUACAAUACACUUUACUUCUUUCAGUCAAACAUUAAAACAUUCACCAGUAAUAUCUGGAACAGGAGAGUUAGAACAGUCAACUUCAAGCUCAAAAGUAAGUGUUAAUAAAUAUGCAACUCAAAGUCCAGUAAUAAAUCAUAUCCAACAAAGUACUCCUUUUCCAAAAUCAAAGCAUAUCAAUAGUAAAAUAGAAUUUUCCUCAUCUUCCUUGAAGAAACAGUCUGAUUCAAGUUCCUCUUCCAGUCCCCAGACUUCCGUCAGGUCAGAAGGAGCUAAUCAACCUAAGAUAAAGGAAAGUUCUGUUCCAAACAAGUCUCAGGAAGGUGAAAACACCAGAGAGACUAAGACAUCAACAGAGAGCAACACUUUUGGGUAUUGGAAAAAGAAGAAACAUCCUGCUCCACCUGUUCCUAUUCCACAAAGAAGAGAGGUCCGAAAGAUUCCAAUGGAGGAAAUUCAAACAGAAAUGAAGGACAUUGACCAUCAGCAAGAUAAACUGGAAAAUAUUGGUCGAGAGAUUGAGAUGAAGAUUAGAAACCACAAAUCAGCUGCACAAACACAGCAUCGAAACGAAGAUCUUCCAGGUUUUCCUUCUUUUUGGGGAGUAAAGUUUGAAUCUGAAUCUGCAUUGGAGGAGGAACUCAUUCUGGAGCUUUUUGAGUUGGUCAAUCUGAAGAAUGCUCUAUUCCGUCGCCAGGCUGAACUUGUGUAUCUCAUGCGCUCUCAGAAACUUGAAGAAGAACAGGUAGAACUGGAGUUUCAGAUACGAUGUCUUAUGAAUAAAUCCAUUACAUCCAAAAGUGAAGAUGACCAAAAGCAUGAAGAGGAACUUCUUCAAAAAUUACUUCAUGUUGUUGAACAGAGGAAUGAAAUUGUAGAGUGCAUUGAAAUAAAUCGUCAAAUAGAAAUUCAGGAAGACCAAAGUAUCCAGGAGAAAUUGCAACAGAAAAAAAAUGAUCUUGACGAAAAAGAUAAAGCAAAGAAAAAUUAUAAAUUGAAGAAGAUGAAAAAUAAAGAAAAGGCAAGAAAUAAAGAAAAAGAUGAAUUAGAACAAAGUAGAGAAAAGACAGCAACGAAACCUAAGAAAAAAGGGUGGUUAUCAAUCAUAUAGUUUUAUAAAAGUUUCAGUAAAUUGUCAUGUAACUUUGAAGCCAAUGUGAGUAAUUGAACUAUAUAACUUGUUUUAUUAGAGAGUUGAAUUAUGAUGUUGUUUAAACACUAUCACCUUCCAUCAGUAUUUUGUGAUAAUUGUAAUCUAAGGAUAAACAGGUGCUACUUAACUGUGAUCAUAACGAUUGAUACUGUUUUCUUUAUGUUUUGUUUGAAGCAUUCCGUUUUUUGAUGAUAAUGGAUUAUAUUUUGGUUCAUCCUGUGUUAUGACAGCAAAAUCUUAGAUUUCCAGCUACAUUUUCUAUAGAUGUUUGUGAGAAAUCAUUUUGUAGCUCAUUUUUAUUUCAUUUUUUACUUAUUUAAGAAGUGGCGUAUUUUUAAAACAAUGACUAGCUGAAUAUUUUCUUUAAGCUUUGGUACUAUUGAGGUUUUACAAAACGUUUAAUAUAUUAUUUUGCUUGAUACAGACUUUCCAAGAUAUGAUACAUAAGUUGGAGAUAAAUUAUAAAGCUUGCCAAUUUUGAAAUUGUUAUAUUGUAAUUGUUACAAUUUUAUCAAGCUUUCCUAUAUAAAAAUUAGA